CAAAUGACGUUUACGUUUGACGUGACGUGUCGAUUUGUUUGAAGUCACACUUUUUAGAAACGCUUGCGAUUUCUAAAUCGGCUUACAUUAUCAGAAUACUCGAUAAGCAUUUUAUCGCCAUUAAUAUCCACGUAGCUUACAUUUAGAGGUGUGAAAGAUGUUGCGUUAUCUAGUUUUUGCUGUUUUCCUGCAGUGUUGCAUUUCGCAACAAUACCAGCAAAAGGUUGCUCCUGGGGUGCCCCCACAGAACUAUCAGAAUUAUCAACAACCUCCACCCCCGCCACCACCUCAAGGCCAUCAGCAGGUUCCUCAGCAGAAAUUCCAGCAGCAGCAGCAGUACCAGCCCCCACCACCACCGCAGCAACAACAACAACAACAAUUCCAACAACCGCCACCGCAGCAACAAUACCAGCAACCGCAGCAGGGCCAUAUCAAAGUGCAGCACGACCACCACGGUGAGCCACAACUGCUGAACGCGGCCAACAUCCAGCAUGAGAGAGAACACAUCCAGGAGCACAUGGACGUGCCCAUCGACACCUCCAAGAUGUCGGAACAGGAGCUACAGUUCCACUACUUCAAGAUGCACGACGCCGACAACAACAACAAACUGGACGGCUGCGAGCUGAUCAAGAGCCUCAUACACUGGCAUGAACAGGGACACAAGCAACAACCACAGCCAGGGUCACCACCGGCCGGCGAAAAGAUCUUCGGUGACGAUGAGCUGGUCAAUUUAAUAGACCCCAUACUUAACAUGGACGACCAUAAUAGGGACGGGUAUAUAGAUUACCCUGAAUUCAUUAGGGCGCAGCAGAAGAGUCAGAAUAAAGAGGGGCAAUAGUAUUAGACAAAUAGACAUUCCAUUGACGAUUUUAGGGUGGUUAUGCGUUUCCUCAUUUGAGCAGAG